AUGUCGACUAUUGUGUCCGGUACGGAUUAUGGCAAAGUUUUCAAUGACAAUAUACAUGGACACAUUAUGCUCCAUCCGCUUUGCGUAAAAUUCAUCGACACACCUGAAUUUCAAAGAUUGCGUAACAUCAAACAGCUCGGUACCACUUAUCUAGUCUACCCCUGUGCGAGCAUUAAUCGGUUUGAACAUUCCAUUGGUGUUUGUUACUUAGCUGGACAAAUGAUUGAAGCUUUAUGUCGAAAUUCAGGUGAAGAUAUUAAUGUUACUAAAGAAGAAAAACUGUGUGUUGAAUUAGCAGGCCUUUGUCAUGAUCUUGGACAUGGUCCUUUAUCACACAGUUGGGAAAGAUAUCUUAAAGCUUCUGGUGUCGAUUGGAAGCACGAAGAAAGUUCAACUGAAAUGCUGAAGUAUAUCAUACAAAAGUAUGAUUUUGAAAAAGAGCUUAAAAAAUAUGGACUAAAUGUGGAGUAUCACGUUGAAUUGAUUUGUGAAUUUAUUAGAGGAGGAGGAAAGUUACUAGUAGAAAACCAUUUCUUGUAUCAGGUUGUAUCAAAUAAAGAUAAUGGCAUUGAUGUUGAUAAAUGGGAUUACUUUUUACGUGACGGAAAUUGUUUAAAUUUAAGCAUAUCAUUUGAUUAUAAAAGAUUGAUGCAGUUUUCUAGAGUUGUAGUUGAUCCUAAUUCAAACAAACCAAAACAAGUAAUUGCGUUCAGAAAUAAAGAGGCCCGAAACAUAUAUGACAUGUUUAGAGUGAGAUCAGAUUUACAUCUGAGAGCUUACCAACAUACAGCGGUUCAAAAUACAGAGUUAAUGAUGGUUGACAUGCUAUUAAAAGCAGAAAAUUAUUUUACUGUACAAAUUUCAUCUGGUACCAAGUUUGGUUUGAACGAAGCUCAUACAAAUAUUGAAGCGAUGUCUCGUUUAACUGACCACAUUUUAUAUGAUAUUCAAUAUAGCCAUGACCCAAAUUUGGAAGAAGCUAAAAGUUUAUUAAAUAGAUUACAUACAAGACAUUUAUAUAAAUUUAUUGGUUCUUAUAAUUUAAUAUUUAUAAACAAAGAAAUUUAUAACAAAUCGAUUGAUGUUGAAAAUUUAAAACAAAAUCUUAAGAAUGAAUUGCAAAAACAAUUUGGUAUUGAAUUCGGCGUUACAGCUACUUGGCUUAAUUGUGGAUAUCCAUUAAUAAAUCCAUUAGAAAAAGUAUUAUUUUUCAAGAAACCAUUAAGUCAUAAUGAUUCAAUUAUAUUUGACGAUACACCAUAUCAAAAUGUAUAUCCUAUGAAUGAAUUAGAGUUUUUUAAACGUGAUAUCAAUGUAUUUAGUAAAUUACUUACAUUAAAGGAUAGUCAGCUAAAAGAAAUCGAUCUUGCAUGCAAUUCAUUUUUAAAGAAUUUCAGGCCAUAA